AUGGAGGCCGACAAAGUCCCGAGCGAGGACAAAGUGCCAAAGACGACAGAUAAGCAGCAUGACCUGGUAUUCGAAGAUGGCUCCGAUGGCAGUGAUGAGGAGUGCAAAGCAGUAGAGGUUGUGUUUGAUCCCACGAAUCCAUAUAGACGAAAAUCUUCCCUUGUGUCCUCGGAACAUCCGACCUGGAACUCCGUCACUGUGCAGCGCAGGCAAGGCAUGGUGCAGCAGUACCUUGAGAGCCAGCGACAUGGCGGCGAACCCCAGCCAGCCAAGUCAUACCGGGCGCAUCCCGCGCUGGGAGGCGCCAGCUCCCAGGGCGACGGUUCUAUGCUUGUACCAGCUUCCAUUUCGAAUAGCGUGUCGCUGGCGACCACCGUCGCGCACGGCUCCGAGCGGCGCCAUUCUCGCGCUAUUGUCGAUCCCACGAGUCUAGACAGCGGUGAGGUUGGCCAGCCCGACCAGCAGGAUUGGACUCGCGAGAUGAUGCGGAGCGCGUCCGAGGUGGACUUCCUCGCCAUGCAGCAGCGACACCACGAGAACACGAAUGCCGAGAACCGCGAGGCCCCAUCGCGCAUGCUCACCAAGAAGCAGCUCAGCGACAUGGCCUGGGGCGUGCGUGAGCUGAGCAGACGGAUCAGCAGUAUGCGCAUCCGUGUGCGCGUCAAGUCCAUUAUGCUAUUGACCAAGAUAUACGACCAGGACUUGAUACCUACCACGAGAGAGCUGGCAUCCUGGCUGCUGUGCCUUAACCGCGACGUCAAAUACGUAGUGUAUGUUCAGGAUAAACUGCGAGACAACAAAAAGUUCAACGUGAACGGUCUCAUCAACGAUAUCUGCGACAAGUAUGCGGCCGAAGACUCCAGCCUGGAUCGGGCUCAAGCAUAUGAAGACGUCAAGAAGAGACUACGCUUCUGGGAUGAAGACAUGUGCCGUACUAGGCCACAUGUUUUUGAUUUCGUCAUCACGCUGGGCGGUGACGGGACCGUGUUGUAUGCGAGUUGGCUGUUUCAGCGCAUCGUGCCUCCGGUGCUCAGCUUUGCGCUAGGCAGCCUGGGAUUUCUGACCAAGUUUGAUUUUGACGAGUAUGCGCCGACCCUCACCUCGGCUUUCACCAAAGGUGUCACCGUCAGUCUGCGGCUGCGAUUCGAAAGCACCGUUAUGCGCAGCAUACGGCGUACAAAGACUGCGUCCGAGCAACUGGAUGGCCUCAAAAUCGGAGAGGGCGGCACGACAAGUGAGGAAGAAGACGAGAACGAGACGCACAAGAAGCGAGAUCUCGUCGAAGAACUCAUUGGCGAGGAGAGAGAAGAUGCCCACACGCAUCGGCCAGACGGAACGUUUGAGAUUCUCAACGAGGUUGUCGUUGAUCGCGGGCCGAACCCGACCAUGUCGUAUACGGAACUCUUUGGCGACGACGAGCACUUUUCCUCGAUCCUGGCCGAUGGCAUCUGCGUGUCCACACCGACGGGCUCGACGGCGUACAACCUCGCGGCCGGCGGCUCGCUGUGCCAUCCGGAGAAUCCCGUGAUGCUCGUGACGUCGGUCUGCGCGCACACGCUCUCGUUUCGGCCCAUUAUCCUGCCCGACACGAUUGUGCUGCGCGUGGGCGUGCCGUACGGCGCGCGGACAUCGUCGUGGGCCAGCUUUGAUGGCCGCGAGCGCAUCGAGCUCAAGCCAGGCGACUACGUGACGAUUAGCGCGAGCCGGUACCCGUUUGCGUCGGUGCAGACCGAGGGCCGGCGAAGCGAGGACUGGGUGAAUAGCAUCAGCGGAAAGUUGGGAUGGAACACGAGGCAGAAGCAAAAGGAAUUCAAGACUUGGGACCAGUGA